UUGACACGAUUAAUUCUACUAAUUUCUUUUCAAUUCCUGUUUCUGACGUCACAACUCUGUCAUACACAAGCAAUGUCAAUGUCAUGGGUAGAUGGGUAUUUCGAGUUGACAAUUCAUCAGAAAACAAUGGAUUCUGUAGCAAAAUUAAUCCCCAAGCUUCCUUAGAUGAUGUUUCUAGUGCUCUGAUGUGUGGAAGAACUCCAGUUACCACCAGCAGCAGGAUAGUAGGAGGUCAGAACGCUUCAGCUGGACGCUGGCCCUGGCAGGCUAGUCUUCUUCGGUUAAGCAGGCACAUCUGUGGAGGUUCUCUCAUCAACAAAGAGUGGGUGCUGUCUGCUGCCCACUGUGUUCAUGGGUAUCCCACCAUUGAUUUCACUGUAGUUUUGGGGCGAGAUACCCAGGAAGGCUUCAACCCCAAUGAAGUGUUCAGAUAUGUGAGAUUAAUCAUCAAACAUCCCAAAUACAAUUUUACAAAUGACAAUGAUAUCGCACUUCUCAAAUUGAGGUCACCCGUCACCUUCACUGACUACAUCAGUCCCGUGUGUCUAGCUGCUCAUAACAGUGUCUUCAACAGCGGCACAGACAGCUGGAUCACUGGAUGGGGAAACAUUAGUGAAGGGGUGUCUCUCCCAUCCCCUAAAGUUCUACAGGAAGUGGAGGUUCCUGUAAUUGGUAACAGACAGUGCAACUGUCUCUAUGGAGUUGGAAAUAUAACAGACAACAUGAUCUGUGCUGGUCUCCUGGAAGGAGGCAAGGACUCAUGUCAGGGGGAUUCAGGAGGUCCAAUGGUGAGCAGGCAGAGCUCUGUAUGGGUUCAGUCCGGUAUCGUUAGCUUUGGGACUGGCUGUGGUCAACCUGAAACUCCCAGAGUGUUCGUCAGAGUAUCACGUUAUCAGGAAUGGAUCAGGUCCUUCGUGUGCAGUGAUCCUCCAGGUUUUGUGCAGUUUACCUCUGCUGGAGCUGACCCUGACUACAGUUACAGCUGUCCUGGUCUUCCUCCUACUCCUCCUACUCCUUCCUCAUCCACAAAUGAAUCUACAGUUCUAUCUUAUGUAACAUCUCCUCCAAAAAAAUAUUGGCUAUUAUGUUUUCUGUUGCUUCUACCAAUACUUGCCUUAAUUUUCUAUGUAAUGAAACAUCGUUUGGGGUCAUGCAUUCAAAGAUGCAUUCAUCUGAUCCGAAGUGACAAUAAUGACAUUUAUAGUGAUACAAAAGUUUUAUAUUCCAAAUAAACGCUGUUCUUUUGGAAAUAUUCAAAGAAUCCUGAAAAAAAAGU